AUGUCUGGAGACGACCAAAUGUUCAGUGUCUUUUUAAGUUUAGGCAACUUUUCAAAGAAGUUUCUUUCAGUGGCAAGUUCUUCAUCAUCAAUUUUAGAUUUAGAAUGGCAUCUUUUCUCUGAUGUAAUGAUCCCAGUCAAAGAAGUAUUUGAAGGUAAACAUUUUUUAAUAAUAUAUUUUAUUUUAGGUGAUAUAGUUGGACUUGGUUGGUUAAAUGCCAACCAAAAAGCCAGUGACAUUGCCUCUGGAAUCGUUAGCCGUGUAACCCAGACAGCUAUAACAGUAGCAUUUGAUGAGACAGCUGACAGCCUUGCAUUUGAUGAUGACGGGCCAUUUAAACUUAUCAAACUAGCAAAUGACAUUACUCACAAGAGGAUCAAAAGCGCCCUUGAUACUUUAACUAAGUACAGAGAGGGACCUGCUGCUCACUUAAUCGAUGUGCUGUUUGGACAUUUGUCUCCUGGGUCGCCAUUACAAAUAAGACCUUUUACUGAAGGAGGGGAGAAGCCUUGUGUGUUCUUCAAUCCUGAUCUUGAUGAUUCACAAAGGCAAGCUGUGAAGUUUGCUUUAUGUCAGAGAGAGGUAGCCAUUGUUCAUGGCCCCCCUGGAACUGGAAAAACCACGACUGUGGUCGAGAUCAUUAUCCAGGCAGUCAAAAAUCUCAACAUGAAGGUUCUAGCUUGUGCACCUUCAAAUGUUGCAGUAGAUAACAUGGUUGAGAAGUUGGUAAAAGGUAAACUAAAGGUUGUGAGGGUUGGUCAUCCUGCUCGUCUGCUCAGUGUUGUUCAAGAGCAUUCCCUGGAUGCCUUACUGUCUAAUUCUGAAGGCACAGCCAUUGUACGAGAUGUGAGAAAGGAUAUUGAUGACACACUGGCAAAAGUAAGAAAGUCAAGAAAUCUCUCAGAAAAGAAGCAUCUUAAACAAGAAAUAAAAUCACUGAAAGGAGAGCUCAAACUAAGAGAAGACAAAGCCAUAACAGAAAUUCUAACCAAAGCUGAUGUUGUCUUGGCAACCAAUACUAGCGCAUCCUCGGAUGGCCCCCUUAAACUUGUGAAGCUAGAACAUUUUGAUUUGGUUGUUAUUGACGAGGCUGCACAGUCUCUUGAAGCUGGCUGCUGGAUACCGUUACUUCGGGCGCCAAGGUGUGUUCUUGCUGGUGAUCAUCUCCAGUUGCCUCCAACAAUCUUAUCAACGGAGGCGGCUAAACAAGGUCUAGAAGUCACGUUAAUGGAGAGGCUUAUAAAACUACUGGGAGAUGGCGCCGUACGCAUGUUAACUACUCAGUAUAGAAUGAAUGAGGCGAUCAUGAAAUGGUCGUCAGAGAAACUUUACGAGGGUCGACUAAGGGCAGACAGCUCCGUCAAAUCUCAUUUGCUGAAGGAUCUUCCAGGAGUACAGGAAACAGAUGAGACGUCACUUCCGCUUCUAUUGAUAGACACCGCCGGAUGUGACGUCAGAGAAAAGGAGGUGGAAGAUGAAGUAUCGAAAGGGAAUGAAGGCGAGGCUGACAUCGUGGCUGCGCAUGUUGUGGCACUUAUUACCGCUGGACUUCAGCCAAGUGAUAUCGCCGUCAUCGCUCCUUAUAACUUGCAGGUGGAGUUGCUAAGACUGCGUCUGUCGUCGACAUACCCAGCGCUAGAAAUAAAAUCCGUUGAUGGCUUUCAGGGAAGAGAGAAGGAAGCUGUUGUGAUAUCCUUAGUUCGCUCCAACAAAAAAGGAGAAGUUGGUUUCCUUGCCGAACACAGACGAAUCAACGUUGCUAUAACCCGAGCCCGACGCCAUCUUGCCAUUGUAGCCGAUUCGGAGACUGUUAGCCAUGAUGACUUCCUUAAAUCUCUUGUGAAAUACUUGAGCAGUGAAGGCGAGGUCAGAUCUGCUCAUGAGUAUCUUCAGGAUUCGCUCACGACGGCGGUUGAUUCUUGCUCUAACGAACAUGGUGAAGUUCUGUUGACCCAAACGACAAGAGACUACAAGAAGAAAAAGGGUUUAAACGCAAAGAAAACCAUCAUUCUUAAAGAAAACGAUGUCAAAGAGAGAGAUAAGUUAAAGGUAGUAGAGGCCGUAGAGAACAGAUCAAUAAAUAGUGAAGUUGAAUCCAGUACAACAGAGAAUGUCUCACAGCAAGAGCCAGUGAAUGUAACUCCUGAACCACCGGCUGUUAGUGAAAGAAUCCCUUCAAAGCCAGGCGAGAAAGACAUAAACGAACCUCUACUACCUGGUAGUAAUACCGCGACGGCAAAAUACAGCCGUGAAACUCUUGAGAAAGAAAUUGUGGAUUUUAUUCAAGAUGGGUCCAAGUUUGAGCUCUCCUUUCCGAAGACCUUGAACUCCCAGCAAAGGUUUGAUGUUCAUAGCAUUGCGGAGAAGCUGUCGCUCUGCCAUGAAAGUAGAGGAGAGGGAAAAGAGAGAUAUAUUGUGGUUAGAAAAGCCAAACCGGCGUCAAAAGAUAAUGAAGAGGAUUCUGAACUGGUCACUACUUGCUCUUUGUGCAAAAAGCGAGUACCGAGCUGUAAUCUUCAGCUUCACUCGCUGCGCUGCGAGCAGAUAAUGAGAUCAAACUUGGGGGAAAGCAGCAAAAUGGAGCGGAGUGAGGAAACACGCGCUGGAACAAUCUCCAAACUGCAGAAAAACAAGGCAAAAACAAAUAAACCUUCUCCCAAACAACCAGAGGAAGACUUCGACAAGAUGUUGGCUUCGUUCACCAAAUUAGACACCCAAUGUGCCUUUAAUGGGUGUAACCAGAGCAUAAGAACUUUGGGACAGUUGUGCAAAUGUUGUGAAAGAACUUAUUGUUUGUCGCAUCAUAUCCCUGAGGUUCACGGCUGCGGAGAAGCGGCUAAAGUGAGAGCUAGGCAGCUUGCCAGCAAGCCAAAGAGUGCUAAACCCAAAGCUUUGGACGCUAAUCGUAAAGUGCUGCUUCAUCGGAAGCUGGAUAAGAAACUGGUCGAAAUGUCAGGACAAAGAAAAUCUAAACGUAAAGACAGAGACCAUUAGUAAAUACUCAUAAGAGCUCUUAUUAUAUCUCUCAGUUAUUACACGCGCUGUGAUUGGUCAAUUUAGCGAGCCGUGGCCCCUCUAAAAUUUAAAGCUGUUACCAAAAUGUACCACCAAGUGACGUUUAUGACAGGUAAAAAACUUAGUCCGGGUGCCCGUGACCGACUAUGGCCGUCCCGUUUACUUGGAAAGCUAGCAAAUUUUAACUUUACCAGAAUUAUUCCAUGGACCUUGGUAGUUAAUGCUAGGGUGGCAGUGGAAACUCUCGAGUGGGCAGUUUGUAGUUACAUGUGUGAAAACAUUUGCAACGCUAAUGUGGGGACUGGAAGUAACUCUGUACCACUAGUUGUAUAGAGACUAUGCUAAGAAUCAAACAUAUUUUGGGAAUAGCUGCUUUCCUCAUAUGCUCACGUUGUCUAUGGUUGUGAGAGCUGUCUAAGAGAUGUGAGAGAUGUAAUAUUGAAAUUUAUUAUAUGGAGAAGAGUGUUUUACUGGGAACUAAACCACUCGUAGAUUCCAUACGCCACUUCAUCCGG